GCGACGCGGGACGCGGCGGAGCUGCCUCUCGCCAUGGGCGGUGGGUGCCGGGCCCGGGCCCCGCCGGCCGCGGGGCUUCGGCUGCUGCUCGCCCACGCCGUGCUGCUCUGCGCCGCCGGGAGCGCCGCCGGCACCGGCUCCGUGAAUCCCUGUUGCUAUUUCCCCUGCCAGAACCAAGGGGUGUGUGUGAGGGUCGGCCUGGGAGGAUACGAGUGCGACUGCACCCGCACCGGGUACUACGGGCCCAACUGCACCUCCCCUGAGUUCUGGACACGUCUCCACAACCUGCUGAAGCCCAGUCCUGCCUUCUACCACUUCAUCCUGACCCACUUCAAGUGGUUUUGGGACAUUAUCAACAGCACCUUCAUCAGGGACACGCUCAUGAGGCUCGUGCUGACAGUUCGUGCCAAUCUCAUCCCCAGCCCCCCCACUUUCAACUCUGACUAUGGCUACAUCAGCUGGGAGGCCUAUGCCAACGUCAGCUACUACACCCGCGUGCUGCCGCCCGUGCCGGACGACUGCCCCACGCCCAUGGGCACCAAAGGGAAGCUGCAGCUCCCUGACCCCCAGCUCCUGGCAGAGAGGUUCCUGCUGCGGCAGAAGUUUGAGGCUGAUCCCCGAGGCACCAACAUGAUGUUUGCCUUCUUCGCCCAGCAUUUCACCCACCAGUUCUUCAAGACAUCUGGGAAGAUGGGACGUGGCUUCACCAAGGCUCUGGGACACGGGGUGGACCUGGGGCAUUUGUACGGGGACAACCUGCAGCGGCAGCACCAGCUGCGACUCUUCCGAGAUGGGAAGCUGAAAUUCCAGGUGGUGGAUGGCGAGGUGUACCCGCCCGCGGUCAGCGAGGCCCCGGUGCACAUGGUGUACCCGUCGGGCGUGCCCCAGGAGCGGCAGCUGGCCGUGGGGCAGGAGGUGUUCGGGCUGCUGCCGGGGCUCUGCGUCUACGCCACGCUCUGGCUGCGAGAGCACAACCGCGUCUGCGACCUGCUCAAGCGGGAACACCCCACCUGGAGCGACGAGCAGCUCUUCCAGACAGCACGGCUCAUCCUCAUCGGGGAGACCAUUAAGAUCGUUGUUGAGGACUACGUGCAGCACCUCAGUGGGUACUACCUGAGCCUCAAGUUCGACCCCGAGCUGUUGUUUGGGUCCCAGUUCCAGUACCGGAACCGCAUCGCCGUGGAGUUCAACCAGCUCUACCACUGGCACGGGCUGAUGCCCGACUCCUUCAUCAUCCAGGGACAAGAGUACAGCUACAAGCAGUUCCUCUACAACACCUCCAUGCUCAUGGACUAUGGCGUGGAGGCGCUGGUGGAGUCCUUUUCCAAGCAGGUAGCAGGAAGGAUCGGGGGGGGACAGACCAUCAAUGCCAACGUCCUGCACGUGGCCGUCGGGGUCAUCAGGGAGUCCCGGCAGCUGAGGCUGCAGCCCUUCAACGAGUACCGGAAAAGGUUUGGCAUGAAGCCCUACAAGUCCUUCCAGGAGCUGACAGGAGAGGAAGAGAAGGCAGCAGAGCUGGAAGAGCUGUAUGGAGACAUUGAUGCUCUGGAGUUUUACCCAGGCUUGCUGCUGGAGAAACCCCAACCCAACGGCAUUUUUGGGGAAAGCAUGGUGGAGAUCGGAGCUCCAUUUUCCCUGAAGGGGCUUUUUGGAAACCCCAUCUGCUCCCCAGAGUACUGGAAACCCAGUACAUUUGGUGGAGCAACCGGCUUUGAGAUCGUGAAGACGGCGUCCCUGGAGAAGCUCGUGUGCCUCAACGUGAAGAAGUGCCCGUACGUGGCGUUCCACGUGCCUGACGCUGCAGAGCACGGCAGCCCCCGGGCUGCUGGACCCUCUACAGAGCUCUAGCAGGGCUGAGCUGCCCAGCGAAUGGUGGGGAUGCAGGAACUGCUGCCCCUGUGCCUGCCCAGCACUCGUGCACAGCUGGGACAAGGAACCAAAGCAGUCUCUCCUGGAGGAGACCAGAGAGAAGCUUGAGGUCAGAUCUCCAGGCCUCC